UUUAUGAUUACAUAUAUGAGACUGAAUAAUCUCGAUUGUUAAUUAAUAGAUUAUUUUAAUUAACUAAGAUUUUAAUCAAUUAAUACCCAAACAUUACUACUUUACACGUUGCUACUAGUAUAAAAUAUGUUUGGCAUCGAAACUAAUUAUAAUUUUCUAUUAGUGUGGUAAUGAGCGUGUUAAUUAGAUGCUCAUGAUUCUCCGUAGACAACCUUUGUCGGGUGUUCGUGAAUGUCUGCUUUUACGUUUCCGGCGGAUAUGCUUCGUUCGACUAGUUUGCCUUGAGAUUUGCACGCUGGAGACCCAGUUGAUUUGCCAUACAGAAUUGCUCUUAGCCGUGCGAGUCUUUGGAAAACUGUCAACGAUUUUGGAAUCCCCGCGAUCCAAGAAACGCUCCGCCUCGUCGAGAUCGCGUUCCUUCUCAUUCUCGAGUAAUACGCGACGGCAAUCGUGAUUUUCUGCAAAUCGUGCGGGCUAUCACACUUUUUCUAUCGAAAUCUUCCUUUCACGUUUUCUCAUCGAAAAUCGAAAGUUUUAUAUUGCCAUUGAUAUUUUCAGAUUUAUAUUACUGUAAAUAGGUGUGUGUUUUCGCUAUUGCAGAUUUACGUAUGUCGAUUAUUCGUCUAUCGAGUAAGUCAAACGUGUGAACAACAAUUGUGCGAUUUUACCGUCUUCGAGGACGCAUGUGCAUGAGUGAAAGCACCACCAGCACCACGGGAGGCAAAGAGCUUUCGGCAGCUUCGGCAAUGUUGACGUUAAAAGUCCGGUCCGCUAAAUUUAUCCUCGGAAAUUAAUGAGCCCCGCGUUACCGAACAUUCUGGAAUCGUUGACAGCAAUUUUUACAUUAUUACGGUAAGUUAAGUUUCCGCUAAAUAUUUUCACGGUGUAAAUUAUGGAUUUGCGCGUGCAUGGUCUCGUACAAUGUGACGUCUGCGACGUGAACAUAGUAAUUCGUGACAUGAUGUACGUUUUAACAUCAUGGUUCAUGAUACAACCGUCGAUAUAGUCGGACACGCCUGUGAGUUGGGAAGCGAGAUCAUGAAUCUCCUCUUCUAACGUGAACUCGUAAAAAACGAACGUUUUCAAGUGCUCCCGAAUUAAACUAUUUUCACUUUUCACGCUAGUUGUCACGCAGAGUCACGCAGAGUUCACGCUAGAGAAAAAGAUUUGCGAUUCAGCCCGGGAUUAUGCUCAUGUAACUUUUCUACGAUAUAUCUGACAUUUUACAUCUGUAAAUACUGUUCAUCUGAAAAACUCAAAUCUAACUCUGAAUUCAGAUCUGGGAACCUCACACGAGAUGAAUUUCAAAUAACGACUACUAAUAUUGAUCUCAGUCCCAAGAUCUCUACAUACACACACACACACACACACCUGCCCACGACAUUCGGUAAAAUAUCCUAUACACAUUCGCAGAACAUUUAUAGUAUAGUGUCGCUCGAACAUAUUAAGAACAUAUCGUGAAUAUACAACGGUUUUUUAACAGCUUUUAUGAAUAUAACAAUAAAUAUUCGCGAGAAUGAAUCCAAAACAUUCCCGGAAUACUAUCUGGUUCGUACGAUUGCGCCUGUCACGUGACGCGGUCACGUGCCGGCGUUGCAGGCGCGCAGGUGCGGGCGUAGCAGGGACGGCCGCAUGUGCGGCGUUGGCGGCAGUAGCUGGUCGUCCGCCGACCCGCGCGCACUGCACUGAAGGUGGGGGUGAUUUCACCUGGCGACGACGAACGGAGCACGCCAGUCGCGCGCGGCGGUCGAAGGGCGGGAGGAACAAGUGUCCGCGCGCUACGGGGUCAGAGGAAGAUGGCGGCGGCGCAUCGAAACGUGCACGAGUAGUCGAGUGUGAUGCGGUGCGCGGCCGUGUUGUUGCGUGCUCCGAUCGUCCCGCAUGAGAUCGCUCGUGAGUGAGCGGAGCGCGGCCAGAUGACAUGGGAAUUUGCAGCAGAAGGCACUUUCUACUGACGAUAUGCGUUCUUCAACUGAUUGCCACGAUAGAGCGUCAAGUGUUCGACUUCCUGGGGUUCAUGUGGGCUCCGAUACUGGUCAACUUUUUCAACAUUAUCUUCGUGAUCCUAGGAUUUUUCGGGGCCUUUCAAUACAGACCUAGAUAUAUCAUAUCGUAUUGUGUAUGGAACACAUUAUGGCUAGGCUGGAACAUAUUUAUAAUAUGCUUUUACCUCAAUGUAGGAAUACUGGACAAAGAUAGCGAUAUUCUCAACCUUGGUACCGGCAGUUUUUCGUGGUGGCACGUAAAUGGACCAGGCUGCAAAGCUGUUUACGAUGUUAUGGAACCGGAACUUUUUCGACCCGCACGUCCCACUAAUGUGACCGAUUGCGUGUUGGACUACGAAGUGAUAGAAAUUUUACACGCCGCGACACAAUGCGUUCUAGGUUUUAUGGCGAUCGUCGGUGGAAUCUGUCUGAGUAAAGUGUUCCUCGAGGAAGAUGAUAGCUUUGACUUUGUCGGAGGCGAUGACUUUGGGCUGGCGGGCCACACGCCGUUGCAUCCUAUGUACGUUAGCUACUCGGCUCUUCCGCCACCCGCCUACUCCCAAAAGAAUCCCACCCUCAAUUACCCGACCGGCACAACUAGCUCGCACCAGUCGACCUGUCGCGAGUCGAGCUUCCCGAAACGCGGCGGCGGUGGCGAAAAGCUGCUGAGCGGCUCGGCGCGCGGCGUGGCUAACGCGCUGAGGAACGGCGACGGCACGGUCCGCAGUAAUCGCAGUAACCGCUCGUCGGGUCGCGAUUUCCCGGGCGUAGACUACACCACCGACUACUCGAAUCCGCUGGACCACCUGCAGCGGCCGGUGUCGCCGGUGUCGUACGACGAGUACGACUCGCUGGACAGCGCGGCUAAGCUGAGAUAUCAGAAAAACCGGCUGUACUAUCCGCACGCGGCCAAGUACAGUCCGGUAGCGCGUAUCAAGCUGCGCCCGAACGCGCCGGCGAAGCAGCAGGUCGCCGGCAAGGGCGCCCAGGGCAAGCCGAGGCUCUUCGCCGACCACGUGCGCGAUCAGCCCCUGAGGUCGUUUUACUCCGACCCGAGACUGGCUGUCGAGCAGCAUCAGUCGACGAGCGAGCACGACAGCUCGUGCCAGUCGAAACGCGACAGCCGACCCUUGUCCCUGCACGCGAUACGAACUAAGCGCCGGAAGAAGCAGCCACGGCCGCUGUACAGCAUCGAGUACUCUCAGCCGGAGCCGCCGGUGCAGGACGACAGCGUGUCGCCGAAGCCGAUGACCCCUCGCAGGGUGAAACGGCGCUCGGUGAUCUCGCGGGACGGCACGCGCCGCUCGAGCAGACGCAGUUCGGUGCGGCAGUCGCGCCGGAAGAACCCGGUGAACCGCAUCAUGGACCACCAGGAGAAUCUGUACGCCAACACCACGCCCAUCAGCCAGCUGACGAACCAGAACGUGAACACGCUCAACUCGCAAUCCGGCACCCUCAACUACGACAGGAUCUCGUCGGUCGGCUGGGAGCGCGACCCGCGCAGCGCCAACUGGCAGCCGGAAGCGGUCAACCUGGCGGUGUCAUCGCCGGUUCUGUGGGCGCAAGACUCGACCAACAAUUUCUCGAACGCGUCCAGCUACCCGAGCCAACCGCAGAGCUCACCGAGCUGGGAUCAGGUUGGGGCGAACUCUACCCGCAACCUCACUGAUAACUGGCAGACCUCGACCGAGCUCAGCCCAAUGCAGUGGCAAGGCCAGAGCAAUCCCACGUUCCAGCAGACGAGCACGCAGAGCUUGAACGGCGAAGACCUCGAGGAGUUGUACGGCAAUCGACCAGCCAGCGCCAGGUCGAGUUACAGCAACUACCACGGAGUCAGGGCGACGCCGCAGGUGCCUAGUCGCACCGACGUGGUCAGGCAGAGUCAGCGGCAGUUCGUCCUCAGCGGCCCACCCGCUUAUCAGGACACGGUGAUUUAACGGUAGCGUUCAUUGAGACGAUAUAACGAAACGCUCCGGUACAUCUUGUCUCGAUAGAAUGGGAGCCGUUCGAGAAACGAACCAGGGUCGUUGCAGAUCGAGGCCUAGUAGGAUCCGGACCGAUUCAUUGUCAAGGAUAACCUGGCCUGACCUGUAUUUAAAGCCAGAUCCGGGCCCGGGUCAGUUUCUUACCGGAAAGAUACCCGAAAGAUGAUCGAAAAAUGAUUCGGGCUUGGAUCUGACUUUGCCAAAGCGGAUACAAAUCGGGCUAGGUUACAUCCGCAUUUGGUUUGUCCGUUUCAAGGAAAUUUAAGCAAACCGUGUACUAUCGGGCCUCGAUUGCAGGACUUUAGGACGAAGCGGACCUUGCGGGAUCUUAUCUACCGUUAACCCGCGAUGUCGCUUCGAAGGAUGACGUUCGCUCGCGAUACGCGGACGUUCACCGUGCGACCAGCCGACGUAGUGCAAAGAAUCGGCCGCGGAUCCGGCGCGGCCGAGAUUUCACGCGAGCCCAUUUUACGACAUAGGCGUGAGCCUGACUUCCUCGAGAAGAGAAACGAAUCGAAGGGGCGUAACGCAGACUGACGUUUCUCGAAUGCACAGAUCUUACCACGUACAAAUCGCACUCGCGUCACUCGCGGAAUGGCUCGCGCACGCGGUUACAAUGAAGGUUGCCUUCGCUCUCAGGAUAGAUUUACCCGACUGACGUAUGUGAAAUGUAGUUUUAAAGGCCCGGAAGAGAAAAGCCGGUUUUCUUCCAUUUUUCCGCGGAUCGGUGAAAAGAAUCGCAGAAAAGGAUUUUCUCCUAUUCUUCCGUGAAUUUGUUCGGUUUCGUUCCGAGGGAAGGAUUGAAGAAAGCGGUUUUCUUUUCUAAAUGUAAUGUGAAACUAGUGUACUUAAGAUACGGACGGUCUUAAACGGACCGGCGUUAGAAUCUUUAAGGGAGCCACUCUCUUUUCGUCAUCUGUCCUCGUUACCGAGAACCUCCGCGGAAUAAUUUCCUCGUCCCCCCUCACCAUUCCCCUUCACUACCAUCUCUACUCAUCCUAUUUAUAUCAUGGGACUAAGGUUUCUCUUGUUCUGCGCAUAAAAUCAAAAAAGAGAUCAUCGCAUCAUCUGUAAAUAUAGAUAUCUAUAGUCUCGCUCGUCGCUCUCGUCGAAAGUGUGUCCUCGACGAGAGACGACGCAAAGGAGACGAUCGAUUUUAUUUGCGAUCCUCACGAAUCUUCACGGGCAACCUGUUCGCGCUUAUUCUCGAUGCUUUAAUUACGCGGAUUACCAAUCAAGAAGUCACUCCGACGCGUCUUUGAAAUUCACGGUAUUUUCGCUAAUCAACUAUUUUAUAUCGGUGUAUACGUACAACUCGCGCGUGUGGAUAUUCGGAUAUACGUGUGUAUGUCCGGACGUACGUUUACUUAGUCUUCCAGUUUCUAUCGGGUGUCGCGGAUCUCACAGGGAAUAUCGUCCAAGUAUCCGACGUAUUUCUUGAGACACGCGACCAGCCUCAUUUUAAAGAAGUGAAACGCGCCUUUCGCAAAACAAGGGAGGAGAAGAAGAAAGAGAAGGAUCAAAUUUAUGUACUCCUUAGAUUUAAACGCUUGACAAGAUGUUUCGAGGAGAGGGACGUUCGCGCCUCGGCAGCUUGGAUGGUAUUCUUCGGCAGAUAAUGAAGAUCUGCGAUCUUCACUUUUGUCCGCACUUUUUAGCGGCAAGCGAUCGCCUGUACAGAACGGCAAUAAUCACGUACGAUAUUGCGAUGCGUGCAAUACUGCCCGUUUUGCAGCAACAUGUAGAAUCGCGAGAUGUAGUUGCGACAAUUUGUAUUCGCUGAGAAAUUGCAAUCAACGCACCCGAGCCGGUUCUUUCCCGAUCGUUUGCGCGUCACCACGAUAUCCUUUUUAUCGUUGGAAUAUUUCGGGGAAAUCUACGAAACGAGGUUGAAUUUAUUUCUCCCGAGGGAGGGAGAUUUUUUGACAAAGUAUCCUUUUGCCGCUCAAUUCGACGAAGACGGUGAUUGUCGGUUCGAUAAGAAUCAGCGAAGGACUGAAUAACUCUUCGUAAGACGUGUUUUUUUUUCUCACAAGUAUUAAUACAAUUUUACACUAAAAAGGGUAAUUCACGUCUGAAAAAGUAUGCGUCGUAAAGUUCGAGUAAGGAGAUAGAUACCAAAGUGUAUUAAAUAUCGACGUAAACUUAAGGUGUAUAAACUCUGAAACUGCCUCACUUGUUUCGUGCGAUUAUUGUACAAUAUAGAAUUAAUUCUGAAGCUAGUUCGAUGUGUUUUCUCAAAUAAGACGCGGCAAAACGACUUCGCACCGCGCUUUAGUUGUAAGAAUCUCGUAGUUCUUCAAUCGCGCAAUACUUUUGUUAGUCGGAUCAUUACACUCACGACUGCAGUAGGAUAAUUUUAUAUGCAAGGCAGCUGUUUUAGCGAGACUUACACAUAUUUACGGAAUUAUUAUAUAUAUAUAUAUAUAUAUAUAUAUACAGAACGGAGCAUACUUGGAGAAUUAUUAAUAU